UUUAUACACACAUGUCAACAAACCGUAGUACUUAAUAAUGUGAAAUUUUAUUUGAUAUAAAUAUUAUAUAAAUUUAAAAGGAAUGGAUGGUGAAUUCUCGUUUAUGGAUUUUGAUUUGUUAACAGUGGCUAGUAAUGGGUGCUUUUCGGUUCUAAAUUUAGCUCUGGAUAACAUAGAUAUUUACGAUUUUAUAGUCGAUACACAGGAUUCGGAUGGAAACUCAUUGUUACACCACGUAGCAGCAGCAGGGAAUUUGGAAACUUUAGAAAAAUUAAUCUCCUUAUCUGCUUACGCAAAUAUAUUAAACCAUAAACGAGAGACUCCACUUCACGUGGCUUGCCUAAAUGGACAUCAUUCAAUGGUAACGCGUCUUCUAAAAUAUGGAGCCAAAUUAAAUGUCCUGGAUAUUGAACGAGAAACACCACUAUUUAAGUCUGUCAGAGGUGGAAACAAAGCUUUAACCAAAUAUUUAAUUACACAAAAAGCUGUGGUCAAUACCUCUAACAGGGCUAAAGAAAAGUUAAUACAUCUGGCCACGGCUUAUAAUGAUAUGAAUCUCGUUGAGGUCUUAAUCGAUAUUGGACAGGAUCCAAAUAUUUUAACGGGCUCAGGUGAAGCUCCUGUUCAAAUUGCAAUAAAACAUUCUAGACUAGAAAUUCUAAAACUACUUCUGGAAAGAUCUGCCACGAAAAGCAUUAGGGAUCAUCGGAACUAUACACUUGUGCACUUAGCAGUAGAAGCCAAAUUUAAAUCAAUUUGUCAAAUGCUUUUGGCUACCGGACAUGAAGUCAAUGUGAGGGAUCAUAAUGGUUAUACACCUCUUCAUUUGGCAGUUGAAUUAAAUUCUGUGGAAAUGGUAGAGUUGCUUUUAGAAUAUCAAGCGGAUAUAAAUCUUCUAGACGUUGACGGUUAUACUCCUUUGCACAUAGCUGCCAGAGGAGAAACUAGUGGUGAUAUAAUAAAUAUGUUAUUAAAAAACAACGCUAAUACUAAGAUUAAGACUGAACAUGGAGAUGUACCUCUACAUAUAGCUGCUGGAGUGGGCAAUAUUAGAAGCUACAUUAAAUUGUAUAAUAAACAAGACAAUACUAUCGUUAAUGUCAUAGGACUUACCCCUGACCGUCUAGCUCAAAUUCAAGGCCAUACUGUCAUUAAUCAAUUAAAUAUAGAACUGAACAAUAACAAUAAGUCUUAUGUUCCCAAAAUUCCAAUCUAUAAGCAGCUAAGAAAGUUAAGAAAGAAAUAGUGUGAUGCGUUUUAAAUGUAAUUUAAAUAUUUUUUUAUUUUUAAUAUAAUAUAUUUCUUAAAUAUUUGACUGUUGUUACAAAAAUAUUUGAUACUGGAGGUAUAAAAUGAAUAUUAAUAUAAAAAAGAGACAACGGCA